CGAUCCACACACUAAGCAGUUCAUCUUCUCCUAUGUGAUAAUGCUUUGAAAGCUAUUCACAGCGAAAUAACUAUUGAUAAAAAGAAGCCUAUUUCGAGUGUGGUAGCUUUAUUUUAUUUUAUUUUUUUAUACUUUUUCCUCCAGAGUUGGCCAUGAAUCUGGUGAUUCUCUUUGUCAUUUCCUCUCUGUUUCUCAAUUCACUUUUUCUGGGAGUUGAGCCGGCAAUAGCCAACUCCCAGAUCAUUGUAAUGGGUUUUGUUUAUUGUGACAUCUGCUCCAACAACAGCUUCUCCAGACACAGCUACUUCUUACCAGAUGCAGAAGUUAGAAUAGACUGCAAAUUCAAAGCUAUCUCCCGGAAAACCGUAGAACAGAUAUCAAUCUCAGUGAAUAGGACUACAAAUAAGCAUGGAGUUUACAGAUUGGAAAUACCAUCGGUUGAUGGAAUUAAAUGCGCAGAAGAUUCUGCAGUCGUUUCUUCCUGCAAGGCAAGCUUAACAUGGACUUCAUCUUCUUCAUGCAAUAUUCCUGGUUACACGACCACAUCUGAUCAAAUUGCAAUCAAAUCAAAACAGGCCAAUCUCUGCAUCUACAGCUUGAAUGCGUUGAAUUUUAGACCAUCCAAGAGAGAUAUCACUUUAUGUGGAACCUAAAUAGACGUCUUCCCAAGCUCUUGAUUCCCAGUUUCCACCAAUCCCCCCUCCCUAUAUGGUUUUCCUCUACUCAUUCCUGCAUAAUGCAUAAACUCCAUGCACUUCCUUUGGUUACUUCUCUCUCUUCACGAUCUUUUUCCUUCAAAAUGCAUCCUAAAACCAUCAUAGAGAAUCCGAGAAACCCAAAAUACCUUGGAUACCUUCUCUUCUCCCAGCCCAUGGUUGAGAUUAGUCUUACAUUUUCUUUACUGCAUUAUGUGUCUGGUUGUUUGAAUUUUUACUGUAUGCCCAGAAAAUGUAGUGCAUGUAUAGUAUGGAUGAAAGAAGAAACUCGAUUGUCCAGUGUGUUAUUGGUAUAUUAGGUGUCCUUGUUACAUGAACGGGUUGUAAAUUAAGUAAUGACAUAAUGAAGGGCAAUCUAAGGCAUCUCAAACAGCCCCAUUUGUAAAAAA